AUGCUGGAUGCAUCUCUGAAGAACUCGUCUAUGGGACCACUCUUUGCUUACCAGAGAGAUGACCAUCAACGACUGGAGACUCCCAGUUCAAAAUCUGUUGACUCCUCUGUGUUGCUUGGUGUGAUCUCAAAACAAACAGAAGAACUAAGCAGAACACUGAAGUCAUUGGGCCUGGAAUCUGGUCACGGAAUCAAAUUCUUUCAUUUAAAGUCUACUGAUACAGUUAUUCAGAACCGUCGCCGGCGAGAAUUACAUCGUACUAAUCAGCGUAUUGGUUUAAUGUCAGCCUAUUCUGUGGCUCAUUCUACUGGGAGUUGUACUAGUUUAAUCUGUCACAGCACAUCACCAUCGUUACAUUUUCCAUCCAUAUCUCAAGAGACUGUCGUUCUAGAUGACUAUUCACACUGUUCAGAUUUAAAUACCGUAAAAAUGUCAAGUAUUGGAGUUUCACUGGCUGGUUCUAUGUCGCAUCUUUGUGGGUCAGAGAAAUCUGAUAUUACACCAAUCAGUGCGAUGAAAGUUUGCCCAAUUAUGUGUCCAUGUGGAAAUCGACAAACAUGUCCGUUAUCUGAAAGAAAAGUAGCAUGUUUGCUUGAAGAUUCACGAGUUUCUCGUGGUUUUACACUGUUGUCAGCUAUAUUUCGUGGUCGACUCACUAGACAGUUGCUUGCUACCCAUAAAGUUUGCGAUCUGAUACGCACUGUGAAAGAUACUGCUAAGUUAGCCUUAUCCUUACAUCUGGAACGUCAGUCAUCGAUACAGGGGAUAGUAUCUGGACCUCAAGCUUUAUCAUCAGAUGAACCUGUUGAAUUGUCAGAUCAAGAAUUGAUACUGGAAUCUAGAUUGCUAGCUCAAAUUCAAGGGACACUUAAUCAAAUUCAUGAAAUUUUCUUCACAUGGCCAGUGUCUGAAAAACUUUCUCUUUUGUCUGCUUCUCGUUCUGUGUCAAAAAAAUUUAAAAGACCUAUCUCCGGAGCUGAAAAUAUGGAAACUUCCAAUUUUAGUAUUUCUAGUCAUAGUUUUACGAAUAAUUCAACUAGCAAAUCUAGUAGUCAAGUGUCUCCAAGCACAUCACGCGUCCUGCGACAGUUGCAGCCCCACCAAGUCAACUCCCCAUAUAAAGCCAGCCAAAUCAAUAAGGACGGAGAAAAAAAACGAGAUGUUUGCAUUAUCAGGAUUGAAAGCACUGACGCACAAUACAAACCGAAUAUACUACCCUGUCGUACAAAUAACCAAAUCCCCAAAAGCAGGAAGCAACAAAUCCAGAAUGAGAAUAAGCCUUGCACAGAAAACAACUUGAGAAUCGGAAAGAGUACUGUUAUUCAGGGCAACUGCCGAUACAAUGAAUGUAAGAACAACAGCAAAGCAUACUCCCAAGUAUCCGGUGCAUUUACACAAUCCAACGUCAUCGAUUCGCAGUUCAGACUGGAGAAAAGAACAAAACCAGCUUCCACUCAUUCAGAAGCUUUAGGAAACUAUCGGGCCAGUCAGAUCACUUGUCAGACUCUCCGGUAUCCCAAGCCCGAACAUUAUCGUUAA